CUCUGUCUUUAGCCAAUUACACACUGUCCUUUUUUGCAUCCCCCCCCUCUUUUUUUAUGCUCACACUCAUUUUCCCUCCUUCUUUCUGAAGGCCUCGGUGAGCCCUGAUAGGCUUGCUGGGGAUAAAACCUGCAAGUUGGGAGAGGAGAGGGACAUUUUGGAGCAGGAUGGCAAGAGGGACGGUGGCCACAUACCUGCAUGGAGUCCUUCUCCUGGCUCUCUGGAAACCCUCGCUGCAAGGAGGGGUAUAUGUACCUGCUGGAGGUGCGACUGGAGGAGUCGGGCCAGGAGCUGGAACCGGAUUUGGACCAGGAGGCAUUGGGACAGGAUUUCAGCCUGGAGGAGGUGGACCAGGAGGCACUGGUACUGCUCUAGGAGGCUUUGGACCAGGAGCUGGUGGAGGGGGCUAUGGAGGUCAAAGGCCAGGUGGUGUAGGCCCAGGAGUCGGACCAGGUGGAGUGGGACCAGGUGGAGUUGGACCGGGCCUGGGACCAGGAGGAGUGGGACCAGGAGGUUUUAGGCCCAGCAGCUUUGGUCCUGGAGGACUGGGACCUGGAGGCGUUGGGACUGGUGUCAAGCCUCCAAAAACAGGAGGCGGCUAUGGUACUGGUGGAACAGGACUAGGACCAGGUGGAGUCGGGACGGGUGGUUUUGGAGCAGGUGGUGUUGGUCCUGGUGGUUAUGGAGCUGGGCCUGGAGGAGUUGGUCCAGGAGGUUUUGGAACCGGCACUCAAGGGUUUGGAGGCCUUGGAGCAGGAGGUACUGGGACUGGUGGAGGACUUGGAGCUGGAACAGGUUACACACCUGGAGGUGGAUAUGGAGGUGGUUAUGGACCAGGUGGAGGAGUUCAAUACCCAGGAAUUGGUGGAACUGGUCCCAAACCUCCUAAAACAGGUGGAGUUGGAACAACACUUGGAGGAACAGGAUUUGGGCCUGGAGGUGCAGGGGUUGGGCCGGGUGGAACAGGAUUUGGGCCGGGUGGAACAGGAUUUGGUCCCGGUGGUGCAGGGGUUGGGCCGGGUGGAACAGGAUUUGGCCCUGGUGGUGCAGGGGUUGGGCCGGGUGGAACAGGAUUUGGCCCUGGUGGUGCAGGAUUUGGCCCUGGUGGAACAGGAUUUGGUCCCGGUGGUGCAGGAGUUGGGCCUGGUGGAACAGGAUUUGGGCCUGGUGGAACAGGAUUUGGCCCUGGUGGUGCAGGACUUGGGCCUGGUGGAACAGGAUUUGGCCCCGGUGGUGCAGGAGUUGGGCCUGGUGGAGUUCCAACAUUGCCACAGACUGGUACCACUGGAGGAGGACCUGGGGUAAAGAGUGGUGGAAAAGCAUCAAAGCAAGUCCCAGGCAUUGGCGUGCCUGGACUCUAUCAAGGUGGAUUUGUCCCAGGCCAAGGGUUUGGAGGCCGUGGUGUUCUCCCUGGAGUGGCUACAGGAACUGGACUAGGAACUCAGAGUGGAGCUGGAGUACUUGGUCAGGGUGGCACUGGACCGGGAGGUGCAGGCAAUGGGCGAGGACAGCCAUUGCCUGGGAUUUUUCGUGGUUAUCCCCUCAUAUCACCAAAAACAGGAGUGGGAAAAUCCAAGAAGAAUCCAGCCAAAGCUGCAGCUAAAUACGGUGGAGCUGGAGGCGCACUUGGUCAAGGAGGCACUUUUGGGGGUGGGGUUGGAAGAGUUCCUGGAGGGGGAGUCUCACCUGGGUUAGGUGGUGGAGUUGGCACAGGAGGCGGACCUGGAUUUGGAGGCGGAGUUGGAACAGGUGGCGGUAUUGGAACAGGAGGUGGAGUUGGAACAGGAGGGGGACCUGGAUUUGGAGGCGGUGUUGGGACAGGAGGCGGACCUGGAUUUGGAGGUGGAGUUGGAACAGGAACUGGACCUGGAUUUGGAGUCGGAGUUGGAACUGGAGGUGUCCCUGGAUUUGGAGGUGGAGUUGGAACUGGAGGUGUCCCUGGAGUAGGUGGUGGCAUACCAGGCUUAGGUUAUGGCCCAGGUUCAGCCAAAGCACGCAAAUAUGGUGGUGGAGGUGUCGGGACUGCAGGAGGGCCUGGUUCUGGAAUUGGAACAGGAGGGGCAGGUGGUGGCUAUGGUUUUGGUCCAGGUGGCUCAGGUACUGGCACAUCUGGAGGCCUUGGAGGUGUGAGACCUGGCUCUGGAGUUGGUUUUGGUCCCAGUGGUACUGGCACCAGACCAGGUGGUUUUGGCUAUGGUCCCAGUGGUACUGGCACUGGACCAGGGGGUCUUGGCUAUGGUGCAGGUGGUACUGGCACUGGGUCAGUAGGAGUGGGACCUGGGGGGUAUGAUGCCAGUGCCAAAGCUCGUAAAUAUGGUAUGUUAAGUGGGGCUCUUGGCGGUCCAGGAACAGGUACUGGAGGACUAAGGCCAGGUGGUGCUGGAACUGGUUAUGGCCCAGGCGGCGUUGGCCCAGGCGGCGUUGGCCCAGGCGGCGUUGGCCCAGGCGGAGUUGGCACUGGCUAUGGCCCAGGUGGACUUGGGCCAGGUGGAGUUGGCACUGGCUAUGGCCCAGGUGGACUUGGACCAGGUGGAGUUGGAACUAGCUAUGGCCCAGGUGGAGUUGGACCAGGUGGAGUUGGAACUGGCUAUGGCCCAGGUGGAGUUGGACCAGGUGGAGUUGGAACUGGCUAUGGCCCAGGUGGAGUUGGACCAGGUGGAGUUGGCACUGGCUAUGGCCUAGGUGGAGUUGGACCAGGUGGUGCUGGCACUGGCUACGGUCCAGGCAGCGUUGGACCAGGUGGGGUUGGCACUGGCUACGGCCCAGGUGGAGUUGGGCCAGGUGGAGUUGGUACUGGCUAUGGCCCAGGUGGAGUUGGACCCGGUGGUGCUGGCUAUGGCCCAGGUGGAGUUGGACCCGGUGGUGCUGGCUAUGGACCUGGAGGUUAUGCUGGAGCCAAAGCGCGCAAAUAUGGUGUUCCUGGAGGUACUGGAGGUGCCCUUGGUGCAGGAGGCCUUGGAGGAGGAACCGGGCCUAGUUCUGGGCUUGGAGUUGGAGUAGGGGUUCCUGGACAAGGUGGAGUGUCAACAGGUGGUGGACCGGGGCUAGGACUCGGGGCAGGUGGUAUACCGGGGUCUGGUGUUGUGACAGGAGUUGGACCAGGUGGAUUUGGACCAGGCAGUGCUGGAGGUCUUCCUGGUGGUGGCACGGGCCCAGGGACUGGAAGAGGAUAUGGACCUGGUGGUUAUGGGCCUGGAGUUGGCACAGGCUAUGGACCAGGUGGAGGUUAUGGUCUAGGACCAGGGACUGGAUUUGGACCAGGUUAUGGACCUGGAUUAAAACCUGCUAAAUAUGGCUACGGCACGGCUGGAUCUAAAGCUGCAAAGUUUGGGCAACCUGGUGGAGUUGUACCUGGGACAGGAACUGGAACCAGCACUACAGGAGCAGGAACAGGGACCGGCCCUGGCGUUUCAGCGAAUGGAACCACCACUGACACCAACCAGACAACAACCAGAACAAGUGGAGGAAGACUUGAAGACACAAGAGGCACACCAACCCCGGCAACAGAAGGUGAUGAUAUUUACACUGUGAUAGAGGGGUCUGGAAGUCCUGGUGGAGAGGGAGGUACCGGUGUCGGUGGCAGACCAGCGGGUACAGGGAGUGACGGAGAUCGUCUAGGUGGAACAGGAAUCCCCAUCAUUGGACCCAAGCCAGGAAUCAACGGGACAACACUUCCAGGAUCCACAGGCGUGACCCCUGUCGUUGGUGGAGCUGCGCAACCAAGUGUUGGUGCAGGUGUUGGUGGGACAGGACUUCCCCCUACAGGUUCUGGUGGUGAUCUGACUGGAGUCAAACCCCUCAAACCCCCAGGUGUCCCCAGAGGUGACACACCAGGUGAAGGUGAUGGAGAAGGAGGCCCUGAUGGAUACAGGGGUGGUACAGCGGGUACAGGUGGACAGGGAGGAGUAGGAAGGGGUCCCACCAGUGCAGGAGUUGCAGGAAGUGUUUCAGGUGGUGUAUCAACAGGAAGAGAAGGCAGCCCUGCUACUGGAACAGGUGUUGGUUCAGGAGGUGCAGUUGGAGCAACACCAAAACCACCUAAAGCUUAUAAACCUAUAGCAGGAGGCACAAGUGGUGGACAGGGAGGAGUGGGAGUAGGAGUGGGAAGUGGUCCUGGAUCUGCAGGAAGAGGUCCUGGAGCAGUGGGUGGAGGUCCUGGAGGAGGUGGUUUGGUACCUGGGGCUGGUGGGCCUGGUGCAGUAGGAACAGGAGGCUAUGGUACUGGAGUUUUACCAGGGGGAGGCAUUCGUUACCCUACUGGAGCUGGAGUAACAAAACCAGGCAAAGCAUAUGGGACUCUUGGAACAGGGGGCCAAGGUGGGGUUGGCCCCGGUGGAUAUGGCACUGGUCCAGGAGGUUAUGGCACAGGGCCUGGAGGUUAUGGAACCGGUCCAGGUGGAUAUGGUACUGGGCCUGGUGGAUAUGGAACUGGACCUGGACGCUAUGGUGGCGUAGGAGCAGGAGGAACAGGAGUAGGCCCUGGGGGAGGUGUUAGACCUGACGGUUCUAGAUAUGGCACAGGUCCAGGACUGGGCACCGGCACUGGAAAACCACCUAAAAGCUAUGGAGCAGGAGCUGGUGGUACUGGGUUUGGACCUGGUGGCUAUGGGACUGGACCAGGUGGAAUAGGUUAUGGACCAGGUGGCCUUGUGCCUGGUGGCACUGGUCCUGGUGGUGCUGGGACCGGACUGGGUGGUGCUGGAACAAGGCCAGGUGGUAUAGGACCAGGUGGUGCUGGCACAGGACCAAGCAGCUAUGGACCUGGUGGAGUAGUAAAACCACCUAAAUCAGGCUAUGGAUCAUCCUCACUAGGUGGAGCUGGCUUUGGACACGGUACAGGAGGGUUUGGACCAGGCGGUGUUGGCACUGGAACUGGAGGGUUUGGACCCGGUGGAGCUGGCACUGGAACUGGAGGGUUCGGACCAGGCGGUGUUGGUACAGGAACAGGAUUUGGACAGACAGGACAAGGAAAAAGAAAACCUUAUAAAUCUGGUUAUGGAGGAGUUGGUUAUGGAACAGGAGGAGGAUUAGGAGGAGGAUAUGGCGCUGGUGGAGCUGGGGGUACAGGUCCUGGAGGUUUUGGACCAGGAGGUGCUGGGACUGGUGGGUUUGGCCCUGGAGGUGCUGGGACUGGUUUUGGCCCUGGAGGUGCUGGGACUGGUUUUGGCCCUGGAGGUGCUGGGACUGGUUUUGGCCCUGGAGGUGCUGGGACUGGUGGUUUUGGCCCUGGAGGUGCUGGGACUGGUUUUGGCCCUGGAGGUGCUGGGACUGGGGGCUUUGGCCCAGGAGGUGCUGGGACUGGGGGCUUUGGCCCAGGAGGAGCUGGGACCGGUGGCUUUGGCCCUGGAGGUGCUGGGACUGGUGGUUUUGGACCUGGCCAAACACUUGGAACAAGAAAGCCGUCUAAAUCAGGUUACAGCUCGUCGCUGGGUGGAGCUGGCUACGGACCAGGAGGUGGAGUCGGAGUUCUUCCUGGUACUGGGACAGGAGGCGUCACUGGUGGUGGCCAAGGUAGCGUAGCAGGAGGUACAGGAGGGCUAGGAGGUCCUGGAGGAACUGGCCAAGGAGUUGGAGGACUACCUGGUGGGGGACCAGGAGGUGCUGCUGGUCCUGGAUAUGGUGGGCUGGGUAUAGGAAGUUAUCCAGGGUAUGCGGGGGCUGGACAAAAAUCUAAAGCGCAGAAGGCAGCCAAAUAUGCAGCCAUGCAGGGUUUACUUGGAUCCAGGGGCUACAGAGGAGCUGGCCGAAGAAGGAAGUGAGAAAGACCAAAAGACAGGAAGUGACCUCAUUAAAACAACAGUGGUGCUAUUGCAUGAUCCCACACUGUAAAUGUCUUACCUGCCACAGAAGCUAAAGCUUCAGCACAUCCCGCUUUUUACAUUUCCAUUUGCUUGGGUUUUAUAAAAGGUUGCAGUGGUUCUCAACCGGAUCAGAUUCACCGCCAGGUGAAGAUUGCCGUUUCCCUUUGUUAAAUACUUUAUUUCCCUUUUUUGGAUAAUUAAGUCAUUUUAUUUUGGUCAAAUUAUUAAAUGUCAAUUUCUCAAGAAAGUUUCAAAAAUAAAAUAACGUGGGUAGAAAACCCCAGAAAUUCCUGAUGAUCGGGUUGAGAACCACUACAGUGAAGAAUCAGCAUUUCUUUUCAUCACUUUUUGUCUGUCUUUGCUGUGUUGAUUAUCAUUUGUGUUGUUAUGCAAGUAUUGGCACAAAUCCUCUGGGUUAAGACUGACACCAAGGAGUCCCUCAGGGCAGCUCCUUCAGACCUGUCUGCAUGCUGACGCAAUGUGUAAAGAAAUAUAGGGCGACACUUCUACCCAGUUAAACUGGGAUAUGUCUGCAGAGUGAAUGGCCGAGCAGACAAUUCACUGUUAGCAUCUUUUACAUCAGUGGACAAACAAGUAGUGUGUACAGACACAGAGACAAACAGCUGCUGUCACAGGAGAAGAUGAAGGCAGUAUUUUAUGCAGUAGUGGUAGUCUUUUGAUCCUUGAAAAGCAGUCUCUGGCCAUGUGAGCUGUACUCAGGCCUCAGUAGUAUCAGUAAUGGAGCCUGAGGAUUCUCACAGAUACCACUUGAGGCCCACCUGUGAGAUUCUUCCACUCAUUUCACAACUUAAUGGCACUGUUUUAUAGCCACAUCACACUCAAUGGUAUAAAUGUAAAAUAUUGGUUAGCGUGCAUAUAUUUUAAUUGUUAGGAGGGUGUAUUUAUCCUGACUUUCUGAAUGGGCUUAGUUUUAGCUUUUACAUUUGCUGUUGAGGUAAGCAUUCAAGCUAAAUGUGAGGUAAUAUGACUAGAGUACAUGACAUCCGAGGAGUACUGAUUACUGCGUUUUCCUUCUGUUCAUGAACCUCCUUUAACACUGUUGGGGAAACUGCUCACGUUUACUAGACUUUUUAAAUUAUGUUGAGAACUGUAUUUAGCCUCAUUUUACAAAGUCAAGUGCAUUAUUACAGUACUAAAAUAUUUGAGUUAGUCAUUCUGUGUGUGUGUUUUUACAGUUUUUAAACCCGUUUACUACUAUGAUGAGUAUAAGUGCUUUGUUUUCUACAUUGUCCUUGAAUGUGUGCUGAAUCACAGUGCAGGCUGUGAUGUCAGUGGGUCAAAAGUGGGGUGAGUGAAUCUCGUCUUGCAUUUGAGCUCAUGUGCAUCUCGAGCUCAGUGUGAUUUUUAACAUCUGUGUUUCUUUUUUUUUAUGUGGCCUAUGAAGAAAAUUAUGCACUUUUGUAAACUCUCUGACAAUGCUCUCCGAAGUAAAGAGAUGACCAAUGACGA